AUGGAUGCAGGUUGUGGCUUAGACUUCAGUUAUCCUUAUCAACCAUCUGGCUACUGCAUUGCUCCCCAAAGGAAAAUAAUCCAAUGGGACAGCAUCUCCACACUUCAUUGCUGUAGAAAUGCCCUCAUUGUGUUCUCCUUGGCUUUAGCUCAACGAUCAUGUAACCAAACCGACGCCAGUAUUUUUCUUGAGCAAAAUCAGUGGAACAACUGCGGUGGCCCUUUUCGAAAUCAACCACAGGUGUCCCUGCAUUAUUGUGGCUUUGAUAAAUUUUACAAUGGCAAUACCACAUGCUCAACGUUCUCUGUUUCAGCAGUUCAACAGAGGAGUGAGUUUCAGGAUGUUUUGGAUUCGUGUUCUCUUUUAAACUCUUCGUUUGAUGCAUGUGGAAACUGCUCACAAGCAAUAAAAACACUAAGGGAUGCUAUGAUGGAAUCCAAGGAUCAUCAGCAUGAUGCUGAUGCCAAAGCUUCGUGUGGAUUAGCAGCUGUUAUUUCCAUUGCAGCCUCUAAGUGGAAUGAUUCCUCUUUUAUUGGCAAAUUAUAUGGCUGUUUUGAGUCUUUAGAUGACCUUGAUCCUGGUUACCUCAAGCUCAAAAAUUCUAUGGUGAAAGUGAUAAUUGCGAUCCUCACAGCGUCAAUCACAGUGAUGAUCGUCCUUGCACUGAUAAAAUAUGUGGUUAAGAGCAAGCGAAAGGGCAAGCGCAAACUUAAGCCUAGCAAAGAGAUCACCACUACAUGGCCAGGUCUCUACAGAUUUUCGAAAGCUGAGAUUGACGCUGCCAUCGGCUAUUACCCAGAAAAAAGGUACCUGGGAAGAGGCAGUGCCGGCCAAGUUUACAAAGGCAUUUUGCCAAGCGGACAAGUCGUGGCCAUCAAGCAUAUCAAUCAUAGCAAUACCACUAACUCCUUCACAAGAGAAGUUGAAGGUCUUUCAAGAGUACGGCACCCAAACCUUGUUUGCCUCUUCGGUGUCUGCGUCGAAGGAGGCGAGCAGUAUCUUGUGUAUGAAUAUUGUUCAUCUGGGAAUCUUGCUCAGCAUCUACUAAGAAAAGACUCUGUUUUAACAUGGGAAAUAAGAGUUAAAAUCCUGAGAUAUUGCGCACUUGCACUCAGGUAUCUCCACCGUCAUAUGGAUGGCUGCAUUGUCCAUAGAGAUAUCAAGCUUACGAACAUCCUUUUGACUGAAGACAUGGAACCGAAGCUAUCCGAUUUCGGACUAGCCAAGAUGCUAGGCAUAGAAGAGACCAAAGUAUUUACAGAUGUUAGAGGAACAAUAGGGUACAUGGAUCCAGAAUACAUGAGCAAUGCAAAACUAACAUGUGCCAGUGACAUUUAUAGUUUUGGCAUUGUUGCUCUCCAACUUUUAUCAGGACAGAAGGUCAUUGAGUUGGAUCUAGAUGCAAGAGAGCAGCUCACAAGAAAGGCAAGAGAUGUAAACUUGGGAAAGCGCCCACUUUCAGAUCUUGAAGAUCCACGACUGAAUGGAAAAAUCAACAAGGCAGACUUUGAGUCCAUCUUACAAAUUGCUGUACUGUGUGUUGCCAAAUCAAGCAAAGGCCGGCCAACUAUUGACGAUGUUUUUGAUGAGAUUGACAAGGCUUGGAAGAACACAAUGGCUGAAAUGAGUUCAAAUAAGGAAAUCAGUUCACCAGCGGCACCCCCGUCUAGAUCAUCCUUGGAUGUGGUUUCAGUCUGA